AUGGAGCAGAAUCACAUGCUUCCUCGAACCCUCGAGCCACGGGGCCGCGCCGCCGAGUCGACAGAACCAUGGUCAAAACCCUCCCACGCCUAUCCUCCCACGCAUGCGACUGCGACGGCGGCGGCGCACCAGAAUCCUCCGCAGGCAUCCCUCCAGUCUCACGAUCCCGCGAUGCUUAAAUUUCCAGACGUCCCCACCACCGAAUUGCCCCCGAUCCAACCCUCUCACGAAACUGACAACACCUUGCCCUCGAUAUCAAGCCUUACGGGCCAACGCUAUCGGCGCUCGUCAUCCCAACUGACGGACAGCACCCACAGCCGGCAGGCUUCUGCGGGGCCUCAGCAGCCGUGGAUGGCGUUGAGCCCUCGGUCAAGCCACUACUCCCGUGCCGCAGACUCUCCGGCGAGAAUGGAUCUUGAUGCUGGGAGCAAUGGGGCCGUCGGCGCUGCGUCGCCAGACUAUUUUCAUGACGGCAGGGCAUCUAGCGUCAGCUUGGAUGACCCCGAUGUCCGCCUAGCCGCCGAAGCGCUCGGUGAUUUACGUGCAGGCGGGGCCGCAUCGGCCUACAACAGCUCGAAAAACUAUUCUCCCCGUUUCAAAUCUAGCGCGGAAUACGUUGAGGGCUACUUGACCCCAAUCGCCGGGGCCGUAGGAUCGCGGCUCUCACAAACGAAGGAAAGUCGCGAGGGAGCCGACCUGGACGCGGCCGUAAGGCUAGAUGAGAAGGCGCUCGAGGCGUACGGCUUCAAGGCCGAGCGCCGAAUGUCCCAGGCAAGUACCGUCGACACCCUACCAGCUUAUGAGAACUCGCCCGAUUACACGGAAAACGCGGAGGGUUCUACCACUAAGCGUGGGCCUGGGAAUGCGCCAUGGCAAUCGCGCCUCAUCAUGUCGACAUCCGGCCUGAGUAUCGCGAUGAGCGAUGAAAGCUUGCGCAGCCUAAAGUAUUGCCUCACAUGGCUUAGAUGGGCGAAUCGUCACAUCGCCAAGGUCAUUGCCUCAUUGAAGACGACGCUAGAGCAGUACGAACAGGCCGAACAGGCUGAGAGAGAAUCCGCCUCCGGCGACGAAACCGCCGCAGGAGAUUCCUCUGCCAAACACCAGGCCAACCGGCAGGAAUUGGCGGCGAAGAUAGCCUCUCUCCGAGAUGAUGUCUUGAAGACUCUUCGUGACGUUGUGGAGACCGUUUCCAAGUAUACAGGUGGUGCCCUCCCAGAGAAUGCGCGUGUUCUCGUUCGUCGUCACCUCACCAGCCUGCCCCGGAAAUGGCAACUUGCGAUGGCCAUAUCGUCUCAGCAACAACAGCAACAGGGGCAGCAGCUUGGCGAUGCGGAAGAUGGUGGCAGGCCUCGUGAGAGGAACAUCAAGGAAGGCGCCCAGCGGGUCCUUGUCCUUGCGAUGGAGGGCCUCGACAUGAUGGCGCAGGUGAGCGGUGUCCUAGACGGCACCAUCGUCAGCGCCGAAGAAUGGUGUGAGCGCUUGGGAAAGCGGAGGCGCCACGACAAGGACGGCCCCGAAGCCGCGUCUCCGUCUCAGUCUCAGCCUCAAGACCAAGUCCCAACUGCGGCCCCGCCCACCGAUGGCGAUGUCAAGAUGACUUGA